AAAUGUCCUUUUGUGAUGAAGCUUUCAUUUUUCUGUUGUUCGUCUGGUAUUUCGGAUUAGGUGAAUCAGUGGAUAGAACGCUUCUAAACCAUCUUUUGAAGAUGUUCACAACACUGGAAAUAUAUGCAGAAAGCUUCGAGAAGCCAUUUCUUGAAUGCACAUCUAAAUUUUAUGCUGCUCAAGGUAUGAAAUACAUGCAGCAAUCAGAUGUUCCAGAUUAUUUGAAGCAUGUGGAGAUAAGAUUGCAAGAGGAACAUGAUAGAUGCCUGAUUUACUUGGAUGCGAGUACUAGGAAGCCGCUGAUAGCCACACCAGAAAAGCAACUUCUUGAACGCCAUAUACCUGCCAUUCUUGAUAAGUUUGAUCAUAGUAUAAGUGACAAUAUUGGUGAAACUAAAGGUGGAAUUGGCGGACAUGUUCUUUGUGCAAUUGAUAUGCCAAGUUUUAGGUGUUGUUUACAUUUUUCAUUUUUUUAAAUUUUCAAUGUGAAACGAGGAACUGAGAUGUGUAUUUUUCACUUUUGCUUGCAUAGUUUACUAAUUAAGUCAUCUUAUUUUGAGCUA